CGAGGCACGCGCCGCCGCCGGCGACGGAGGCGCCGCACCCGUCGUCUCCCCGGGCCGCUCGGGACCCGGAAUGGCGCGCGCCCCGUCCGCCGCUCGUUCGUCGGCCUGCCACCCGGGGCGCACGAGCGCCCGGUCCCACACGACUCCACCGUCGCCACCCCUGCGCCGCUCGUUCCCCCGCGAACUCCGCGCGGCACGGGGAUGGAUGGCUAGUCGGGGCGUUAAUUGGGUCGCUUCAUCCUUUCCUCUUCCCUCCUCUUUCUCUUCUCGCGCGCGCACUGCCUCUACCUCGUCUGCGGCCUCCGGUCGGGUUCCUUCCAUAUCUGGAUAACCUAUAAAGAUAUUGGCACCCUUCAAUGUGAUUUGGUUUGCAAAGGAUGUGUUCUCCAGGAUAUUGACAGUUUAGCUUCUGGGUAACCAUAUUGUCUGGUGGAUUUUUCUCAUACUGUGAUACAAUGGGGAAACACUCUAUUGAAUCUGGGGUUAGUAUGCUCCUGCAUGGAGACUUGGACAUACAGAUAAUUGAAGCAAAAUGUCUCCCCAAUAUGGAUCUCAUGACAGAAAGGAUGCGAAAAUGUUUUACUGGGUAUGGAGCUUGCAGCACUGACUGUGGGAAGUCUGAUGCACACCCAGACAUGAGGAAGAUCAUUACUAGUGAUCCGUAUGUUUCAGUUUGCCUCUCAGGAGCAACGGUGGCACAAACUCGAGUCAUUGCCAACUCGGAGAACCCUAAAUGGGAGGAACAUUUCUAUGUUCAAGUUGCACAUUCAGUUAGCAGAGUUGAGUUUCUUGUAAAGGACAAUGAUGUUUUCGGGGCAGAGCUUAUCGGUGUUGCUUCAGUACCAGUUGAGCAGAUCGCACCAGGUGAUAUGGUCACUGGCUGGUUUCCAAUUGCUGGUCAGUACAGUAAUCCUAUGAAGCCGUCUCCUGAACUGCAUUUGUCUAUCCAGUAUAAGACAAUCGACACGAACCCAUUAUACAAAGAUGGAGUUGGUGCUGAUGGUCGUCAGAGUGUUGGUGUCCCAAAUGCAUAUUUCCCUCUUAGGAAGGGUGGUAUGGUCACACUAUAUCAAGAUGCUCAUGUUCCUGAUGAUUUCCGACCUCAAAUUGAGAUCGAUGGUGGGAGGACAUAUGAACAAAACAAAUGCUGGGAAGAUAUUUGUCAUGCAAUCAUUGAGGCUCAUCAUCUCAUCUACAUAGUCGGCUGGUCCUUGUAUCACCCUGUGAGGCUUGUAAGGGAAUCAUCAAAACCUGUUCCUAAUGGAAACCCACUAACAAUUGGGGAACUUUUGAAGCGCAAAGUUCAAGAAGGAGUCCGUGUUAUAGUGUUACUUUGGGAUGACAAAACAUCACAUGAUAAAUUUCUCUUAAAAACGGAUGGGCUCAUGCAUACACAUGAUGAGGAAGCUCGCAAAUUUUUCAGGCAUUCAGGUGUCCAUUGUGUGUUGUCUCCUCGCUAUGCUAGCAACAAACUUAGCAUUUUCAAGCAGCAGGUUGUAGGAACUUUGUUUACACACCAUCAGAAAUGUGUCAUUGUAGACACCCAAGCCACAGGAAACAAUCGAAAAAUAACUUCUUUUAUUGGUGGUCUAGACUUGUGUGAUGGCAGAUAUGAUACACCUGAACACAGGCUUUUCAAGGAUUUAGAUACUAUUUUCAAGGAUGAUUUCCAUAACCCCACAUUCCCUGUUAAUAAGAUUGGACCCAGACAACCAUGGCACGAUUUACAUUGCAAAAUUGAGGGUCCUGCUGCAUAUGAUAUACUUACAAACUUUGAACAGAGAUGGAGAAAAUCUGCAAAAUGGAAAGUCAGUGUCAGAAGAGCUGUAAGUUGGCAUCAUGAUACAUUGGUAAAAAUAGAUCGGAUGUCGUGGAUUGUUUCACCCUCUGCGGAUGAAUUAAAUGCACAUGUUUGUGAUGAAAAGGAUCCUGAAAACUGGCAUGUACAGGUUUUCCGGUCAAUUGAUUCUGGAUCUGUAAAAGGAUUCCCAAAACUUGUUCAAGAGGCUGAAUCCCAGAAUCUUGUCUGUGCAAAGAAUCUGCAGAUAGACAAGAGCAUACACAAUGCUUAUAUUAAAGCCAUCAGAUCUGCACAGCACUUUGUCUAUAUUGAAAACCAGUACUUUAUUGGAUCUUCAUACUACUGGUCUGCACACAGAAGUGCAGGUGCCGAGAACCUAAUACCAAUUGAAUUGGCCAUAAAGAUUGCAAGAAAGAUUAAGGCAAAGGAGAGGUUUGCAGCAUAUAUUGUUAUACCAAUGUGGCCUGAAGGCAAUCCGACUACUGCUGCUAUGCAGGAGAUCCUCUAUUGGCAGGGGCAUACUAUGUCCAUGAUGUACAAGAUUGUCGCAGAUGCUCUUCGAAAGGAGGGUUUACAUGAAAGUCAUCCACAGGAGUACCUGAACUUCUAUUGCCUUGGCAAGCGCGAAGUCUCGAGUGAUGUUUCAUCAAUGAACACUUCCAAUGAGAACUCUGCAAUGCGUUUGGCCCAGAAGUUCAGGAGGUUCAUGAUCUACGUGCACUCAAAAGGGAUGAUUGUUGACGAUGAGUACGUGCUCAUUGGAUCGGCCAACAUAAACCAGAGAUCCAUGGAUGGCUCACGGGACACGGAGAUCGCCAUGGGUGCGUACCAGCCUCACUACAGCUGGGCUGGAAGCGGCAGCCCUCCACGAGGACAGGUGUACGGGUACAGGAUGUCUCUUUGGGCAGAGCACCUUGGCACGGUGGAGGAGUGCUUCCGCCAGCCAGAGUCCGAGGAGUGCGUGCAGCGGGUGAACCAGGUGGCGGAUGACAACUGGGCGAGCUACGUCUCACCACAGAUGGAGGAUAUGAAGGGCCAUCUCAUGAGGUACCCCGUGAAGGUCGAGCAAGACGGGAGGGUGGGGCCGUUGCCUGGGCAGGAGAGCUUCCCGGAUGUCGGUGGCAAGGUGCUGGGCACCCACUCAUCGCUCCCCAACGCACUGACGACGUGAGGUGGAUGGAGGUUGAAGCUCGAAGAUGCUCGUCAGCAUUAUCUCAAGUGGUUGAUGCUUAAGAAAAGUUCGACCAUCUGAUGUUUGGCAUUAAUUAAGGCUGUUUGUAUGUAUAUAUACGGUGAAAAAGAGAUGGCGCAUGAUACAGUUUUGCAUAAUACAAUGCCUUUCGGGCAUUGUAAUUAGGCUGGGGCUCAAUGCCAUAUGCUGUUCGAUAUGUUGGUUGUUCACGUUUGUAAGAAUCUCGUCAUGUUAAACUAGGCAGCCGGACUGCUUGAAGGAGAGGGAUAAAGGAGGCUUUGUUCAUGCGGCAA